AACUAUGAAGACUACAGCAGUUUUUGUUUUUCUUUCCUGUCUGCUUGCAACGGAAGUACAAGGGCAGAAGUUUUCCAAAGGCAGGUGCUUCUGUGCUGACAAAGGAGUGAAUGUGGUUUUACUGAAGAACAUUGAGAAGGUUGAAAUCAUUCCUCCAAGUCCAUCUUGUGGGAAACAGGAGAUUAUUGUCAAUCUGAAGAGCACAGAGCGGAAGUGCUUGAAUCCAGAGUCUAAAUUCACACAGAAUUUAAUCAAGAGGGCUCUUGAAAAGAUGGCCCGGCAGUAGAUGCUUAGUGCGAGACUGGAUUAGCUGCUGUGUUAUAAUGCCAAUGAAGAACAUCCUCAGAUGCUGUAUGACCUCUAGCUGACAGUUUGCAUACAUUGCAUGAGUUUGCCUAGAA